AUGGCAUACAAAAAGGUAGCACAGAGCACUAAGCUUCCUCCACUUCCAAAGUUGAAGGUGCGGAGAGCGCUUAUUCAACAAGAAAAUAACAAGUGCAUAGUGAUGAUGUCUACGUUAUUAAACUGUUGGGCCGCCAACGGUGAAGGAGCACUAACGUGUAAGGGGUUUGAAGACGAGUUCAAGAUAUGUAUGGAUAGCUAUAAGGGAGCUAAGCCAAAGGUCAGUUCUAUUAACUAUCAUGCUGCCAGAUUAUACCCCAAGUUGAGAGGACCACGGAACGAUUAA